AUGAAGGUGCAGCAGCUGCAGCAGCUGCAGCAGCAGCUUCCCACUUCCCACUCCAUCGCAAGAACUCACCUGCAACUGCAAACCACAACGUGUUGUUGGAUCAAACGGCCGUCCUCUUUUUCACUCACCACGCCUCACUCGAAAACUUCACUCUUUCGCAGCCGUCAGAUUUUGCGCGCCAGGGCUUUUGAUUCAGAGAGAGAUGAGAACAAAUCCGUAGCUGAGGAGAAGUAUCCAAGUGCUAGGGCUUUCGAUACAGAGAGAGAUGAGAACAAAUCCGUAGCUGAGGAGAAGUAUCCAAGCGGUGACUUCGUUUACACAGAGUACGACUCCUUGAAAAAAUUGUCUGUGAAGCUUAAGAUGCUUAUUGCAUGGCCUUGGGAGCGUGUCAAGAAGGGCAGUGUGCUCAUCAUCAAAUUACGCGGGGAGAUAUCUGAUCAACUGAAGAGCGGUUUCUCCUCAGCGUUAUCUUUACCUGAAAUUUGUGAGAAUUUUAUAAAAGCAGCGUAUGAUCCCCGUAUUUCGGGUAUCUACCUCCACAUUGAUGGUUUGAGUUGUGGAUGGGGAAAAGUUGAAGAAAUUCGCAGACACAUAUUGGAUUUUAAGAAAUCAGGUAGCAAGUUCAUUGUGGGCUAUGUGCCAGUAUGUAGUGAAAAAGAAUAUUACAUAGCCAGUGCUUUAAACGAGAUUUAUGCCCCUCCGGAUGCUUACUUUCAAUUGUAUGGACUGACUGUUCAGGCGUCAUUCCUUGGAGGUGUCCUGGAGAAAAUUGGGAUUGAGCCACAGGUAGAACGGAUUGGUAAGUAUAAGAGUGCUGGGGAUCAACUUACUCGUAAAAACAUAUCUGAGGAAAACCGUGAGAUGCUGACUGCUUUGCUAGACAACGUUUAUAGAAAUUGGAUAGGGACAGUCUCACUUGCCAAAGGAAAGGAGAAAGAAGAUGUUGAGAACUUUAUCAAUGAAGGUGUAUAUCAAGUUGAAAGACUUAAGCAAGAAGGGUGGAUAACAGAUAUAAAAUAUGAUGAUGAGGUUUUGUCACUGUUAAAAGAGCGUUUGGGAAUCGCUAGUGAUAAAAAUCUUCCAACAGUUGACUAUAGGAGAUACUGCCAUGUUAAUAAGUGGACAUUAGGAUUGACUGGUAAUGGAGGCCUUAUAGCCAUAAUUAGAGCCUCUGGAGAGAUUAGCCAAGUGCGAGGUCCACUUAAUAUAUCCAGUUCAGGGAUUUUUGCUGAGCAAUUCAUUGAGAAAAUACGCACUGUAAGAGAGUCAAAAUUGUAUAAAGCCGCCGUCCUUCGCAUUGAUAGUCCUGGAGGGGAUGCUCUUGCUUCUGACUUAAUGUGGAGAGAAAUCAAACUUUUGGGUGAGUCAAUACCUGUUGUCGCAUCAAUGGCUGAUGUUGCUGCCAGUGGAGGAUAUUACAUGGCAAUGGCUGCAGAUACCAUAGUUGCGGAAAAUCUCACGAUAACUGGUUCAAUUGGAGUUGUGACUGGAAAGUUUAAUUUGCGGAGGCUUUAUGAAAAAAUUGGCUUCAAUAAGGAGAUCAUAUCUAGGGGAAAAUAUGCGGAGCUUACUGCUGCUGAACAGCGACCUUUUAGGGCUGAUGAAGCAGAACUGUUUUCAAAGUAUGCCGAGUAUGCGUAUAGAAGUUUCAGAGACAAAGCAGCCUCUUGUAGAUCAAUGAGUGUAAAGGAGAUGGAGGAGGUGGCGCAAGGAAGGGUUUGGACUGGCAAUGAUGCGGCUUCGCGAGGUUUAGUUGAUGCUAUUGGUGGACUAUCUCGAGCUGUUGCAAUAGCAAAACAGAAGGCUAACUUACCAUUGGAUGAACAGGUCACUCUCAUUGAGGUGUCGAGUCCUACAUCUCUUCUUGAAAUCUUGAGCGGAUUCGGUAGCUCCAUUGAUGGGGUGGCCAAAACUGUCCAAAUGUUUGCACAGAUGAUGUCAUCAUCUAAUGGGAUUGUUCAAGCCCGAAUGGACCGUAACAUGCUGGAACAACUGGGUAAUGGAAAUGGAAUCAUCCUUAAUCUCAUCAGAGAUUUCCUCAGUUUUCUCUAG